AUACAGCGUAAACUGAAGUUUCGUGUCGCAUUCGCCCACCAUUAUUUUUUGUUCAAGCUUUUAAGCUGGAUGAACAAAUAACCCUAGCUAGGCUGGGACCAAUCCGUAUAUGGUCGAAGGAGAGUUAUGGAGGCAGGCGUGUUGGGAUGGAGGAACGAAAGGAGCUGAUAGCAAGUAUUGUGCUUGGGGAGGAGAUCCAAUUCUAUUACGUACUAUCUUCUUCUCGUCCUCUGUAAACUGUGAAUUGCCUCGCCACCUAGGGAUCAGCGUGCUGUGGCGGGGUUCGGUGGACUGAAUGUCCUAUUUUCCUCUCUCAAGAAGCCAAGUCAUCACUAAACACCUCGCUCGGGGCGUUGUGACCUCUUCAAGCAACCGCAGUCCGCUGAUACCAUUCUUCUAUGUGCAGCUAAGUGUCUACUCUACGUAUUGGUGACUAGUGGGCAUCGUGGAACAGUUGAUCACCGAGCAGUUCUUGUCAAUACUACGUGUUUAUCUCUCGUCUCUACUACAAUGAUGGUAAAUGGUGCUAGAUACCAGUGCUCAUAUUCAAAACUGGGUCAGGAAAAUGCUGUUACAUCUUUGCGGAAUUCCGCACAAGCAUUAAGGCUACAACAAGCAAUGGUUCAGUAUCUUUCUCUAGCCCCGAUCCAUUAUCAUUUUUUCUAACUCUUGCCAGAUGCAUUCAUGUUCAUUGAAAGUUGUUUGUUCAAUUAUGCUCGAUUUCGGGACUGGUUCGGCACAUGAUUCACUUAUGAUGUGUUUAUGAAUUUGCAUACGCUGAUGCUGCGCCGUCUUCUUUUUGGUUAAGCACCGCUCCGGCAUCCUUCUUGUGUUCACAUGAGAUCUUGGCAUCCAUAAAGAGAAGCUUCUUGCUCUGUCGAAUAACUCACAUGAUUGAGUAGCGGUGAAUAACUGUAUCACCGACUAGAUUUAGGAAAGUGAAUAACCUUUGCAAGUUGCAGAGGCCAUCGGAGUUUAUUUACAUAUACCGAUGGAGGCACAGUCAACUUGCUCACACGCUCGGGCAGGGAAAUUUCGAAGAAGACGAAAGGAGUUGUGCUGUUGUUCAUCUGUUUCGAAGAAACUUUCUCACGAUGCAAGCCCAUCUAUUUGACUUUUGAGUUUCGGGAGGAUCAAUGCAUUGUCUGAUAAAGACAAAAUCGGGGAAGGCAACAAUGCAAAGCGUGAAAUGACAACAAAACCAGUCAUUUUUAGAUUCCUAUCUCAAAAUACUGGCAAACGCUCAAAUCUCUGUCUGCCUAUUAUUAGAAGACUUAGCACUUCCAUUCUUUUCCGAACGCAGUUAAGAGUGCUACAGUCUGUGUGUUUGAGAAAAUGAGAUAAAAUUCCUACAAGUCUGUGCCCACACAAAGCUUUUGUGUGAGCAUCAACAAGCACACUGGAAAUAGUAUAAUUGGAGACCUCCCACCUUAAAAUUGUUCUCUUCUUACAAUAAAGCAUUACAAGCACUUGAUUUAGUUGAUUGGAUCACCGGAAGAAAGAUGACUAGACGGCGGCUGCAUACUAAAAAGUGAAUUGUCCACACGCCUGUGGAAUUAAGCUUCCUUUUGAGAGUAUAAAGAGCCCUCAGUCGGCUUGUGAGGCCAGCAGCGCCUAAUGGAGAUAUUGAAGAACACUUCCGGAAAAGUAUUAUUG